CCAGACUGCGUCUGGGUCGGAAAAAUUCCAUUGCUUGGCCAGAGAGUGCUGAGCAAGAAUGAUCCAGGGCUGUUGUUCUACUGUGGUCAGUGCUCGCACUGGCCAUUUUGCCAGAAAUGCUCAAUUUUGCUUUUUCUGGGUCUAAUAUGCCCAAUCCCACUGCGUUUCUUUUUUCUGUUAUCUUUUUUCAACUCACUUUGCUGAUGGCGGACUGUGCUUCGGAGUUUCCUUUCCAUAGAAGUCUAGUUAAAAACCGUCUGAUGUUGGUGAAUGAAUUAGGGGAGGGAGCUCUGAUUGACAGAAUGUACCAUAUCUUUGAUGACACGAAGGUGUUGAUAAUGAUUGCUCUUCCAAUUAGAGACAAGAAUUUUGUUUCGGACCAGGUGGCGCACGCAUCUCUAAUCCUGUUUUCCACGAUUGCGUUCUGUUCCUCCGUAGAGUUCCCGAAAGAGACCUGGAUACCCAGGGAUGUGCGUGUUCCUGCUGCUGUUGAUUACCUUGUUGUUUUGGAGCCGGCUGCUGUAGCUGUUGUGCCUGUUGUUGUGAGGGGGGGUGUUCCUGAGCACUCAGCUGUUGUUUCGGUUGCUGCUGGGCUGCCUGUGCGGGCUGCUGCUAUGCAUGCUGUGUGUCUUGUGCCUGCGGCUGGGUACUCUGUGCCGGGUGCUGUGUUGCAACCUGCAUCUCCUGCGCCGUCUCCUGUGCUAUCUGCUUUUGGUGGCUCUGCUGGGUGGGCACUUGUUUCUGAGGUCGCUGCUCGGGGGAAGAGCUCUGCUGCUCACCGUGUUGCUGGUCCUGCUGCAAGUAGGGUGUGGGGGAGGGCGAUGAUGGUUGCUCUGCUCCGUCGUCUGGGUUGGAGAGUGCGCGUGGGUGCUGCUAUCCAGGGGCCAGCUGCAGUGAUUGUUCUGUCUGUUACUAUUGUGGUGGUGGGGGAGGCGGAGGUUGCUAGGCGGAGGUUGCUGAGCGCUUUGCUGGUGCUGCAGCCACUUGUGAUGCUCGGCAGCCUGAUCCGCUGGGUGUAAACUCACAGUUUGUCGGGAGAGCUGUCCCUGCUGGGGGGGGUUCUCUGUGCUGAGGUCGCGGCGUUUGUGUUUGCUCU